AGGUUCAUUUUUUGGCACAGAUUGAAACUUGAUAUAAUGUAAGUAAGCUGAAGAAGUUCGUCGUAAAAAAUGAAUUUGCGUUGGAUUAACAGCGUCAAGAAACUUUCAUCUUUAAAGUUUGUUCAGUCACUCCCAAUGCUCCAGCAAUCACUAAUAAAGGCGUAUCAUUGGCAAGACAAGACAGAAAAUCAGAAAACUUCAGAUGCUUCUAACAAAUUCACUGUAUUAGAUGCAGAUGGGUGGAAUGAAAGAUGGAAAAACAGGAAUAUUGGUUUUCACAAGGACCAUAUUAAUGUGAUGCUUGAAAAACAUGUAAACAGACUGAUCAACAACAGAGAAAAUUUAAAGAUUUUUAUCCCUUUGUGUGGCAAAUCAUUGGAUAUGAAAUGGUUAGCAGAUCAAGGCCAUACAGUUGUUGGGGUUGAUUGCUCAGAAAUUGCUUUUCAAGAAUUCUUUGAGGAACAUUCCCUUGAACACACAGUUGAACCAGUUGAGACCCUUUCAGGAAAAGUGUACACUAGCAAGGACAAAAAUAUAUUGUUAUACUGUUGUGAUUUUUACAAGUUCAGUAGAGAGACAGCAGGACAAUUUAAUGGGAUUUGGGACCGUGGAGCUUUAGUGGCGAUUAAUAGACAUGAUAGACAAAAAUAUUCUACAUUGAUGAAAUCAUUGAUGGCACCAGAUUGUCAGUAUUUGUUGGAUACUUUAGAUUAUAAUGAAGCAUUAUGGCCAGGACCACCACACUUUGUAUCUGCAGAACAGAUUCAGUCUCUAUAUGGAGAUGAUUGUGAUAUAGAGGAUGUAGAUACUAUGGACGCUAUGGAAGAGAAGCACAAAAAAAGGGGUUUGGAUUACAUCAAUGAACGUUUGCAUGUCAUUACGCUGAAGAAACAAUAAUAUCAUGGAUGUUUGUUUAUUUACUCAGAUUGGUUUGCAUUAUCCAGAUCAAGAUAAUGAUAUUCUAUCUCAAAUUACUAUAAGAUCCUAAUUAUUAAUGUGAGCUUUUAUUUCCUCCCAUCAAAAAAGAGGAGAUAUAGUGUAUAUAUAAAAACUUGCAGAUACAGUAGAGGUCAAGGUACCUGAUAAAAUUAUUAAAAAAACAGCUAUUCAAGUUAUGUAGAAUUGUAAGGAAAAGCUUUUUUGCAUUUAUAUUGUUCAGAAUAAAAUCUUAUUUUUAUGUACCAAUAUUCUUUCAAAACUACUGGUAGUUCCUAAAAAUGGGACCAAACAUGGUGCUUACAUAUUUGUUAUGAAGUGUAUUUCAAUAAAAUUUGAAACAUUCA